AUGGCUGAUCAAGCCUUGAUCUUCGGUAUCGACACGCCUUCGAAGAAAGUAAUCUUCAAGAAACAGCUGAGCAGCAAAGGUGCCAACCUCGGUGAUGGCGACGACGAUGAUCUCGGGGACGAUGCUUCUGAGGCCGCUGAUGACGCCAACGACGAUGACUACAGACUCGACGACUUUGGUGAUCUCGAGAUUCCAAGUUCUGAGAUCGAGCCCGACUACAAUGACAACAUCGCUGGCAAGAAGCGCAAGCGUAUUAGCCCCGGCUCUAGCUCCAAGCUGGCCAAGACUCCUCGACGUUCACGCAAUGUUGCUCACACAGGCAGUGGGGAAGCCUUCUUUUUGGAAGACAAUAACGAAAUCCUGAACACUAAGUCUUCGCGUGUACCUGGCACUUUUGGUCGUCGUAACCGCCACAAGGGAGAGUGCCUUCCUGCCUACCACAAGCGUGUAUCGCAUGAACUGGACUCUGACGACGAACUCAUGAUGCAAAUGCGUGAGAACGGCUUCAGUGAUCGCCAAAUCGCCGAGAGGUUAGCUAAAGAUGGUCGUGUCCGUUACGAUCAAAAGUCUAUCUCAACCCGCAUCAUGCGUAUUCGUCUCGCUCAGGCUGACAAUGUCGACUUCCUGCUCAGGGAGGGUUACAAGGAAUGGGAGACUGACGAUGACAAACUCCUCAUCCAGGCCUACGCCCUUGCCGACAUAGAGAUUAGCUACGAGAUGGAGCGUAUCCGCGCCUGGCGUUUCCGCAAAGUCUCCGAGUACAUGCGCCGUCUGAACGCUGAGGCUCUCUUCUCCGCCAAGGCCUGCCGCGAACGUUACAACUCCCUCAUCUCAGGCAACGCGCGCAUCCCGACUGAAGAUGACGAUGACCCAGACGCGCGUCGUACUGAGAUAGAGACGUACCGCAUCAACCGUGAGCAUCUCCGCAACGAAGAGAAGAUUGCAAAGGAGGCCAAAGAAGCCGCAGAAGCGAAAGCAAAGAACAUCACGAAAGCCCGUAACGCCCAAAAGGCCGAAGAAAUCGCUAAUUCCCGCGCCCAGAAGGAAGAAGAGAAAGCCGAGCGCGCAAUGGCUCGCGCUGCAUCUGCUCGCAUGCGUGCGAACCGUGCUGCUGAGAACUCCCUGGCUAAAACCCAACGGAACGCCCAGAUCAAGAAGCAGAAGCAGGGUCAAGAGGAAAAGAAGCACUCUACCUUCACCGUCCCCUGUGCCAAAGACACAACGAAAGACACGCCCGACCCUCGCACCUACCUCUCCGUCGAUGAUCUCAUCCACCUGUGUAAUGACCGCGGUCUUGAUCUUCCGCGCCACCAGAGUGUGAAGAACCUGGUGGAGGCGCUCAGGGAUGCAGACGAUGAGUACAGCCAGAAGGAUCUGCAGAAGAUGUGCAAGUCCAAGCACAUGACUUCUAACGUUAACAAGACGACUAUGAAGUACCAACUUGCGCUUGCUGCGGCAAAGGGUUGUGCCUCGUUUGAGGCGGGUGUGGCGGCUGCAGGUCGAGGUGAGGAGGAUGACAAUGAGGACAUGGAUGAGAUGUAGGCUUUAAGCUACAUGAUCAGGGUAACGUCAGCAGAGGAAAAGUACCUUGAAUCAUACCACAGGGGAUUAUUGUUUGCGUUUUUGGACAUAUAAGCAUAGUUGCGGAGUUCACGGCUAGACAAACUUUCCAACUGCAUCUCAGUAACUCACUUCCGAAUAAUUGACAUAGGAAUUAGUAUGACGGGUAUAUAUGCCAAACACCAAUUAUGCA